GCCUCGCCCCCAACGCUUGGGCAGGAACAGGGCCAGCGGGCACGGCGUGGGACCCCAACCUCGGGGCCGCCACAUGGGGUUGCUGGGACGGCGAGCGCCACCGCAAGCUCGGUCGACUUGUUCAGGCGUUCGCGGCGCGGGAGCUGAAGACUUCAGGGGAGCCCUGACCUAGGGGCAUCUCAAUGGCCCAAGGAAAAGAAAAGGCAGAGGUGGAAGCGUCUGCAGAGGCAAAGGCCCCCUCCUGUGGGGGAUGGAGCUGCAAGGAGCAGGAGGUGGACACCCCCGGGCCUGUGAGUGGGGGGCAGCUACCCCGUCUGGAAGCUGAGGGAGGACCUGCCUCCCCUGUGUGGGGAGCAGAGGGGCGCCCUGACCCUGCUUGCAACAGUGGAGCUGACACUGGCGACUCCUCUGGAACCUACCAAGCUCAGACUCACACCAGUCCCAGAGAGCCUGUAGCUGGUGGGCCUAAGCCCAUCCUUAGUUGCCCGCUUCUGCCUGCUGGCUUGGGAACUGGAGACCUGUCACAGUCAAGGGGAAGACAGAUUGAGGAACCAAGACUUUCUGCCUCAGAGGAGCUACCACAGACUCUUACUGUUCCCAGAACAAUAGCUCUUUGCUCAGGACAUGAUGCUGAUCCCGAAGACAGCCCAGUCCGUGUUGAGUCACCAGGAGUGCUGGACCUCAGCCAGGAGCCUCACAACUCAAGUUUCCCCUUCUCCUCAAGGUGGAGCCUGGGUGCCACUGCGCCUCAGUUUUCCAGCUGCAGCUUUUCUGCGUCAUCCCUGGGUAGCAGUCUCCAGCAUCACCAGAAGCAGGCAGAGCCUCAAGGUUGCUCACUUGCCAGGGUCUCCUCUUCCUUGGAACUGACUGUUCCCCAGUCACCCCCCUCCACAGUAGGACCAGGGUCUCAAUACCAUUGUUCACCACAGUCUGUGUUGUCCAGGGGUGACGCUCCUGGACUGGGCAGGAGGCACCUCUCAAUCCAGGCAGAGUACUGGGCCUGUGUGCUACCAGAUUCUCUGCCCCCUUCCCCUGACCGCCACUCCCCUCUCUGGAAUCCCAACAAAGAGUACGAAGACCUGCUAGACUACACUUACCCUCUGAGGCCCAGGCCUCAUCUCCCAAAGCAUCUUAAGAGCCACAUGCUGGCAGACCCUGUUCUGCAAGACUCUGGUAUAGAUCUAGACAGCUUCUCUGCCUCCCCAACAAGCACCCUAAAGUCACCCACUAAUGUCUCACAUGGUUGCCCACCAGCAGAGGCUACUAGCCUGCCAUUCUCUGGGGUGACAGAGCUAGGUCUUAAGUGGAGGCCAUUUAGGGUACCCCCGAAGCAGAGUACUGUGGAGUUAGCAUCUUGUAGCCAGCUUACAUCUACCCCCAGAACCUCAGGUAGUAAGGACACUUCUGGCUCCCAAGAGCCAUCCCUGAGGGGCAUGAAGGACUGGCUGCCCAUGGGCAAACAAGCCAAGGCGAGCCCCUCUCGGGUGAGAACAUGUAACAGAGGGUGGCCUUCAUCCAGGCCAGGAGGAGAAAAAGGGGCCAGCCAGAAUAUCCAACAUCCUGCUUGCAGAAAUUCUGAAUGGAAGUCAGAAGAGGAGGUGGAAAGCGAUGAUGAGUAUCUUACCCUGCCCACUCGACUGACACAGGUGUCUAGUUUGGUUUCAUACUUGGGUUCCCUGCCCACUGCGUCUGCUGAAGGGCACAGCUCCUUGGAUAUGUCGGACAGCGAUGGGCCAGCUUCACUCCCAUCAGACUCGAGCCAAAGCCAGCUUCCACCUGGGGCUUCCUUCAGAGGACCCAAGGACGCUGUGGGCCAGAACCCUCGCUUCCUGAGCCCUUUCAUACGUGCAGAGGAUUCUGCAGAGAAAGGGAAUCUAGUGACAAGCCAGGUCCUGGGGGUCUCCUGUGGACUGCUGAGAACACAAUCCUCCUUGCCAGCUCUGUUGAAGCAACAGGAAUUCUUAGACCCAGAUGCUGGAAGGCAACCUCCCAGGAAAAACAGAGAGCAGGGAAAAGAGUCACUCAUACAGUGCGUGAAGACAUUUUGCUGUCAGCUGGAAGAGCUAAUCCUCUGGCUGUAUAAUGUAGCAGAUGUUACCAACCACUUGACAUCUCCCAAGUCCAAUCUUACAGGUGUCAAGUCUUCUCUGCAGCUCUACCGGCAAUUUAAGAAAGACAUAAAUGAACACCAAUUCCUGACGGAGAGUGUCUUGCAGAAAGGGGAGAUUCUUCUUCAGUGCUUGUUGGAUAAUACUCCAGUGCUAAAGGAUGUCCUUGGGAGAAUAUCAAAGCAGCCCAGUGAGCUGGAGAACCAUGCAGAUCACCUGUAUGACUCUAUCCUAACAUCUCUGGAUGUGCUGGCUGGCUGCACACUCCCUGCCAAUACACCCUUGGCACGCAGAAGCACUGGUGUGAAGGGGUUUACCUUGACUUCAUCUCAGACAGAGAUAUAAUCUGUCUGCCAAAAGCUGGUGGCAACUUUCAGGAGAUUUUUGUAAGAGCCAUUUAAUACUAAAUUAAAGGAGAACUGAACUCUAAUGUAUAAGCUUUAAAAUCCAAACUUUCUCUUCCAUUAAGAGCUCUUCAGUUACUAUUUUAUUUAAAACAAAUUGUUCCAAACUAUGAUUUCCUUUUUGGUGCUUAUCUACAAAGAACAUCUGGCUUUGCAGUUUUGGUAAAAUAACCAGCAAGGUUUAGGGGUCUGUUCUCCACCUUUAGCUAGAAAUAGCAGUUAUUCUGAACUAGUCUCUGUUGAGAUCAUAGAAAAAUGAAAAAGUGGAAUUAAUUGUCUAUUUGGUAUAGGAUUUUGUGGGUAGGUUUGAUGCUAAGAAUGCUCAAAAAUAUUUCCAUAUAAGUAAUGGUAAUCCCAUGUGCCCAGAUUCCAAAAAUAACCUACCAAAUUGUACCAACAGGAGUAGUCUAUUUCAAAUAAUGGGGGGGGGGGGGAGACGAUGAUGACACACGGACAACGGACCUGUGCUUGGUGUUGUCAGGCAAACAAGAGACUAAAUGAAUAGGAACUAUGGUCUUUUUACCCUUAUUGGGUGUUUUGAAAGAAAAGGCUCUCCAAGUUAUUUUGUACUUUGGUAUCCAUCUCCCUGCUUAAGAACCUGUGUCAGGGACUUGGAAAGUGCCACGAAGUUUUAAGUAAAUGGAAGGACUUAAAAAAAAAAAAAAAGUUGUCCUGGUCUAGGCUAGCAGUAUUGCUCACUUGAACAGUGUGCCUAUUUUGCCAAGCUCACGACCCAGGUUUAAUUAAGCCCAGUCCCCACCAUAGUGGAAGAAGUUUCAGUGCUGUGCUGUCUUUACCCAUUUCUCUGAAAAAACUGGCCCAAGGGGAGAGGGAGACACCAGAAACACUUCUCCACUAUACAUGUCUGUGGUGCUCUUAUUUGAUGCCAGAGGUUGAAUCUAGGUCUUCACACCUGAGUCCACACUCCUUGACCCCCAUAUGUUUGCCAUCCCCAUAUAAAUAUUGGUUUCAUCCAAACAUUUUAAAUGAUGGAAUGCUUUGCUAGGAAAUUUUUAACUAUAUAUUCAGUCUAGAAUUAGCUAAGGCAAAUGUCUGAUUUUUACCUGGUUUAAAAUUGAUAUAUUUCACCUCUCCAGCGGUUAUAAAUUGAUACACGCCUUUCAAAUGAGUAUGUUUCAGAUAGCACUUAGAAGUUAAGCAUAUUAUUUAUUUGUGUUUGGUAAGCAUGAAAAUUUUCUGUAGGGAGGAAGAAAUAAAAGGGUCAGCGUUAUAGCAAUUAGAUAUAUUCUGUUCUCAUUCAGCCUAUUAUAAUCGGCUUCAAAUGACGAACCUUCAUAGAUUGAGUUAUUUAAAAAGUAUUUUGUUUCCCCAAGAAAAUACUACUUUACACAUAGAUAUGAUUUAAGAUAUUUUUGUUCAUUUUCUUUGAAGUAAAUUACAGCUGAAGGGUGCUAACUCUGAACUGUGAAUCCUACUGGGAAAUAUCACUACUCUUACUUUUAUCUUAAUGCUUUAAGACACUUAUGAUCCUCCCAUAAAAUCCAGGCUGAAAUUGUGUUCAGCCUAGGAAGAUGCUGCUAACAUUUCCGUGAUCAAGCAUGGCUGGGUUAGAUUCCAGUAGCUUGGGUGGCCAGUGCACUCUGGUAAACAUUAGCCUAAAGGGCAAUAGUGGUUUACAAGGACAGUGGUUAUUAUGAAAUCCCAGGUUACCAGUAGUAAAAUUUCCUAGUAGUUGCUUUAAGUUAGUAGAAUUUAAAUCCACAAGGAAAUGGCAGAUAAAAGAGCUAGAUUGGCAGUUUUGAAACCUGGGUUCUUAUUGUAGUUCCAUGUUUAUUGUGUCAAUCCAGGGCUGUUGUGAAGCUUAAGUAGGAACAUAAGGAAGUCUCUAAGAUACACUGCAACGGUAACGUGUGUGCUAAAGAAAAUUUCAUUUCAGGGUCAAACAGGAAAUUACUUCUAGAACCAGGAAUGGGUAUCAUUCUGUAAGACUUUUCCUAGCGCUUGCAACUAUUCUUAGGUCAUUUCAGUAAUUCACAGCAUUCAUUUAAUUCAUGGCAACCACUUACAUUUGAAAUACAGGAAGUGAAAUAUCCUUUAGUAAGAGGACAGAAUGUUAAGAUCCAUAGUGGUUUAAAAUGUUUGUACUUUUAACUAUCAGGUGGUAUAUGCAUUAAAGCAAAUAGUGAAGCAUGCUUGAAAUAUCUUGUGAUAAAUCCCAGAUUGACUGUCUUGGCUAUUAUAGAGAUAAAAACUAGAAUUUUCAAAACUACAUUUAAAGUAUAUAACCAUGUUUAUUAUGUCUUAAAGUCAUGUUAUGCUUCUUGUUACGUCACUAAGAAUAAGCUGACAAUUUGAACUCGUUAGACUGAAAUGCUUGUAUCAAAAUGUGUAACAUCUGUAUUAAUCAUCUGCUUUAGGAAACAGCUUUUCUCAAUCUUUCCCACUUUAUAUUGUAUUAAUAAGAAGGAAAAAUAGUUUUGAAACAUUAAAAAGAAAUCUUUACCCAAGUACCUACUGGUAAUUUAAGGAAUCUUUUCAGUUGCCUUACAUGAAGAUAAAUAGAUCCAACAAGCACAUCUAUAAUACAAAGUAAACUAUGAUUUUAUUUUGAAAUUUCAUAGAUGGAAAAUUAAAUUGAAUAUUUCCAUUUCAUUUUACAAUAAUCUUACCAUUUAUUUUUGUACCAUGUAUUUCAAUUGCCUAUAUAGUGAAAAUAAAGAGACCUACAAUUUUUGGCUUGUUUUUAGUUUAGAUUGUAUAAUUAAAUUAAAAGAACCCACAAUAAAAUGUGCCACCCUCAGCCACAUCCCAAUCCCCUAAGUAAAGAAUGCUUUGGCUGCUACUUCAACCUCAAGGAAACAAUCUCUAACUUUUAUCACCUUAAAAUUCCAGUGUCAGCAAAGAUAUUUUGCUUCCCACAAUAAAAACAAAUUCUAGGAUCUUUAAGGUUCUACUUAACAAAAUUUUCACAUGUGCAAAAUUUCUCUGAAAUAAAUAUAUUUCUUUCAUUUAUUUCCUACCCAGCAUUUGUGUCUUCAGUUAAUUUUUAGGGGUAUAAUUUCUAAAAUUAGGGCAAAUGAUAUUAUUUUCUGCUUUCUACUUCAAAUGUUUUUAACUCUCCUCCAUCCCAAAUUACAGCACUGAGGAGGAUAAAAUCUGGUAUCUGACUUACAGCAUAGACGAUAGAGUAUUAUUAUGCACAUUAGUCUGGUCAUUUGCCAGUUAGGAAAAGUGUGCUGCUGUAUACCUAUAACACAGGUGAAUUAACAAAAUGUUGAUCAAUGAAGUCAUUUCAAAUGGUUUUAGAGAAGGAUUUGAGAUAAGAGACUAAAGAGCAUAUAUUCUAAACUUGCUUUCCAUAGUUUAAUCUCCCUGAACCAUUCAGCUUGGUUAAAUUCCUACAUAGCUCGGAAGCCUCACUAGGUCAUUUACUGGGUAUAUUAUCUGGAAAGCAUAUUGGAUGCUGCUCUAAGAUAUGUCUAUAAUGCCCUGGUUGCACACACAAUUGCCUUUUUUUGAAUAUAAUGCAAGGCUCUAUUUCCCUUUAACCAUGAGAAUUAAAACAAUACUUAUCACCAUACAAUUUGAUAUUACUUCCAAUAAGUACAAUAUUUAUUAAACAUAUCUUCAGUUGUUUUGUUACAUAGUGUGCAACAAAUUACAGUAUUCUGCAGCCACAAAUUAUAUGCAGAGUAUGAAGAAACUAUUAAUCAGAUAGUGUAAUCUUUCCAUUUAUAACUCUACAAGAACUAGCAAAUCAGAUCUUACAUAUAACAUCUCACUAAACUUUAUGCAUGGAAAGUGACAGACACUGGUUGUGCUGUUUGAUACAAAAUGGCUGAACUUCAUCUUCAGAAGACUAAACCUGACAUCUAAACAUGCCAAUAUAAACAUCAAAACAAAAUAUAUUCUAACCAACCACGGGAAACAGUCUGGUAUUGGGAAAGCAACAAAGAUUACACACAUUAUUUUAUAAACCAGCACACAAAGGUUUAAAACAGUUCUGAAAAUGAAGUUAGCUGUCUUGAGUCAAGG